AUGAAGCGUUUGCUGCGCUACUAUCAGGCCUUCAACUAUAUCCGCCAGCCGGCCGACAACCAAUAUGGAGCAACUACUGUUACCAAGUCCAUAACUGGCUUUGCUCUGACCUCUGGGGCUGGGCUGUUCUAUCAUAUGAACGCCCCGACAUUCAUGGCUUUGCCCAAAUUUCUCGCCAAAAACAACUACCAGAACCCGAACGACAUCUCAGAUUGUCCCUUUCAGGUCGGCCACAAUACCGACCUAUCUCUGUUUCCCUGGUUUCAACAGCGACCAGAAAUGGGCCCCGACUUCCUCAACUGGAUGAACAGCCACUGCAGUGACCUGCCGCGAUUCUAUGACAGCUAUGAUAUCAAACAGGAGCUGUGGCAGAAUGCUGAUGCAGAUACAAUCCUCCAGGCCGCUUUAUCCUCCAAGACCAAGGCUUUGUUGUUGACCAAGAAGGCCACGCCGUUGCCUGGCUUCGAUGGCAUAGGGGCUCAGGUUCAUGAUUUCUUCACUCCUCAGCCCCUUAAAGGUGCUCGGGCGUACUACUUCCGCAAUGUCUUCCACGACUGGUCGAAUGACAUAUGCGCCAAGAUACUGGCGAACAUCAGACCAGCAAUGGCCGAGGACUCGGUCAUCUUGAUCGAUGAGAUUGUUCUGUCUGAGCGCGGCUCUAUUUGGCGAGCCACUCAGUUUGACAUUGCCAUGCUGACUUUGUUGGGGGCAUCGGACCGUACGGCUAAUGAAUGGCACACGGUGUUAGCCUGGGACAAACCCCUCGCUACUGACGAGAAGAUGCGCGCCUGUGCUUGGUCCCGUCAUGCCGAGAUGCUCCCUGCCGUAUCCAAGCUCGUUGACAUGCUCAAGCGGUACCCCGACUCCUCUGAGCCACAGGAUACGGCUCUCUCGCUGGCGUUUGGAGAUACAUUCUUUGGGUGCAAGGAGAGGCACCCGGAGAACAUGGUCAAUGUUGGGCAAUUUGUUGAUGCCCUCUCUGGUGGUAGCUCUGCCGAUUCAGCGGAAAGCAUUGCAUGA